AUGGAGAUAAUUUCUAAGAUAGCACACUACUAUCACUAUCUCCAAAUAGAGAGAUCGCCUAAUGCGGGUAAUGGUAAAGUGACUUUGACAGUAAAAGGAAGUGGAGGAGAUUGUCAUUUGAUGUAUGUGGGACUAAGGAGUAUAGGAGGAGGAAAUGUUGCGGGUUUGUUUGGGCCAUUUAUUGAAGAAUUAUUCAGAAUUUUACGACAUAAAUCAUUAAAUCCUACUUCUGUUUCCCAUCCUAUCACUGUCUUCUCCACCUUCUUACCCCCUUCCUCUCUUCCCAUCCUAUCACUGUCUUCUCCACCCUCUUACCCCCUUCCUCUCUUCCCAUCCUAUCACUGUCUUCUCCACCCUCUUACCCCCUUCCUCUCUUCCCAUCCUAUCACUGUCUUCUCCACCCUCUUACCCCCUUCCUCUCUUCCCAUCUUAUCACUGUCUUCUCCACCCUCUUACCCCCUUCCUCUCUUCCCAUCCUAUCACUGUCUUCUCCACCCUCUUACCCCUUCCUCUCUUCCCAUCCUAUCACUGUCUUCUCCACCCUCUUACCCCCUUCCUCUCUUCCCAUCCUAUCACUGUCUUCUCCACCCUCUUACCCCCUUCCUCUCUUCCCAUCCUAUCACUGUCUUCUCCACCCUCUUACCCCCUUCCUCUCUUCCCAUCCUAUCACUGUCUUCUACACCCUCUUACCCCCUUCCUCUCUUCCCAUCCUAUCACUGUCUUCUCCACCCUCUUACCCCCUUCCUCUCUUCCCAUCCUAUCACUGUCUUCUCCCCCUCUUACCCCCUUCCUCUCUUCCCCAUCCUAUCACUGUCUUCUCCACCCUCUUACCCCCUUCCUCUCUUCCCAUCCUAUCACUGUCUUCUCCACCCUCUUACCCCCUUCCUCUCUUCCCAUCCUAUCACUGUCUUCUCCACCCUCUUACCCCCUUCCUCUCUUCCCAUCCUAUCACUGUCUUCUCCACCCUCUUACCCCCUUCCUCUCUUCCCAUCCUAUCACUGUCUUCACCCUCUUACCCCCUUCCUCUCUUCCCAUCCUAUCACUGUCUUCUCCACCCUCUUACCCCCUUCCUCUCUUCCCCAUCCUAUCACUGUCUUCUCCACCCUCUUACCCCCUUCCUCUCUUCCCAUCUUAUCACUGUCUUCUCCACCCUCUUACCCCCUUCCUCUCUUCCCCAUCCUAUCACUGUCUUCUCCACCCUCUUACCCCCUUCCUCUCUUCCCAUCCUAUCACUGUCUUCUCCACCCUCUUACCCCCUUCCUCUCUUCCCCAUCCUAUCACUGUCUUCUCCACCCUCUUACCCCCUUCCUCUCUUCCCAUCCUAUCACUGUCUUCUCCACCCUCUUACCCCCUUCCUCUCUUCCCAUCCUAUCACUGUCUUCUCCCCCUCUUACCCCCUUCCUCUCUUCCCCAUCCUAUCACUGUCUUCUCCACCCUCUUACCCCCUUCCUCUCUUCCCAUCCUAUCACUGUCUUCUCCACCCUCUUACCCCCUUCCUCUCUUCCCAUCCUAUCACUGUCUUCUCCCCCCUCUUACCCCUUCCUCUCUUCCCCAUCCUAUCACUGUCUUCUCCACCCUCUUACCCCCUUCCUCUCUUCCCAUCCUAUCACUGUCUUCUCCACCCUCUUACCCCCUUCCUCUCUUCCCAUCCUAUCACUGUCUUCUCCACCCUCUUACCCCCUUCCUCUCUUCCCAUCCUAUCACUGUCUUCUCCACCCUCUUACCCCCUUCCUCUCUUCCCAUCCUAUCACUGUCUUCUCCACCCUCUUACCCCCUUCCUCUCUUCCCAUCCUAUCACUGUCUUCUCCACCCUCUUACCCCCUUCCUCUCUUCCCCAUCCUAUCACUGUCUUCUCCACCCUCUUACCCCCUUCCUCUCUUCCCAUCUUAUCACUGUCUUCUCCACCCUCUUACCCCCUUCCUCUCUUCCCCAUCCUAUCACUGUCUUCUCCACCCUCUUACCCCCUUCCUCUCUUCCCAUCCUAUCACUGUCUUCUCCACCCUCUUACCCCCUUCCUCUCUUCCCCAUCCUAUCACUGUCUUCUCCACCCUCUUACCCCCUUCCUCUCUUCCCAUCCUAUCACUGUCUUCUCCACCCUCUUACCCCUUCCUCUCUUCCCAUCCUAUCACUGUCUUCUCCACCCUCUUACCCCCUUCCUCUCUUCCCAUC